UAUGCGUUGCCAUGUUUUCUCGUCGUCAAACGCGACCAGAGAAGCCGCUCUCGCUCUGGAAUGAAGACGAAGUGCAGCAAUGGUUGGAAAAGCACGAUUUCUGCGACCUACUGGAGGUUUUCAAAGACAACCAUGUAGACGGGAAGUAUCUCUGUGACGCGUCCGGCCAGCUACUAGAAGGGGCGGUGGUGUCGAACAAGGAGCAUCUCUUGACAGCCGUUUAUGAGCUGAAGUCAUUGGGCGAUCAACCAGUGAGCACCAGUCCCUGGAAGACGCCAUCUGUCUUUUCGAGUUUGAACUCUCAAUCAUCGGACAGCGUCCGAAAUUCUCCGGUUAAGCUAGUUGGUUUCACGGAAGAUCGAACACCCGACAUUGCAAGUGCUCUUAAGGUACACAAGUGGAGGCGAUCUUACUCUCUAACUCCGGAGACUAAGAGGGGCGGAGCACAUGCUAGUCAAGGUUUGCUACGUUAUCCUACACGUUCCCGAAUGGCUAACACUGAUUCACAGUCGGCAAGGUCAUCGAUGCUAUUAGAGGGCGUCUUGAGAGCUAGUGUUAGCUCUCCGCUGCUUACGAAACAGGGGAUGAUUAAGGUGUAUGGAGGUGUCCUGAGGCCUGAGAUUGAAUAUAAGACGGUGGCAGUCUUUCUGCACACAUCAGCAAAGGAACUCAUCUCGUUAGUCUUGGAAAAGUAUGAUUGUCCAACUCGUGACCCUAAUCUCUACUACAUUGUCAUGAUGACAGGAAAUUCAAGCAGUGCAGUGAACCAGAGGUUCCAACUGGCUGAUGAUGAUUGUCCGCUCGUGUUGCAGACAUCGUGCAUUGAGCCGGUGGUUAGAUUUGAACUGAAGGCACUUGAAGGUGGCUUGGUGAAAGUGUAUGGUGAAGACUUUUCCCCUGGGGCUGCUUACAAGAGCAUUCGGAUAUCUGACAAGACGACUGCUAAAGAGCUGACCGAAUUAAUGCUUCAGCUCUACAACUGCCCGAAUAGGAUUGACAUUGUAUGCUUAGAGGAGAUAUCUCGGACCCAUGGAACUGGUCGGGUUCUCUGUGAUCACGAGCUUCCUCUCAGUUUGAUGAAAUCGUGGAAACAGGCAGAUGCUGUUGAUUUUCAUCUGAAAAAACGAGUUUCUCCGGAUGACUUGUUUCUUUCAGAUCAUUUGAAGAGUGGCUCGUUGACUUCGUUUGGUGACAGCGGCGUCGAACAUGACAUGCGCAUGACGCCACCGUCAACACCAUUGGUCAAUUCCUCUGACCCAAGAUUUUUUGAGAAACACAGACAAGUCGCACGUGCAGAACUGGGUUUAUCAAAAAGAUACAGUGACGACUGGAUGCCACCACUGCCAGAAGCUCAGUCGUUUCUUAGUUUGUCUGGUCUGAGUGUUGCCAGUGUCGAUACUCUGUCCACUGCUCAUCAUGCGUAUGAAGAACAUUCCGAUCUCGAUCAUCAUUUGGAGUUUCUAAGGCAAAGAAGUGUUGUCGAGGGCACCGAUUUUGUAUCAAAGGAACAUUUGGAAGAACUAGACGGAUGUCCGUCUGUCAUGAGUUUGUCCGAUUUGAGUCGAACACAGUUAAAACCACAAGACGUUGCGGCAAUGAGUGAACAAGAAUCGAAAAAGUCAGGAAGCAGUGCACAAACCUUACACUCUAGCGAUCAAACACCAGAAGUGUCACCCAUGACUGAGCGCCGAGAUGCAAGUUGUGUUACAUCAUCUGGCUUGACGCUGUACGACAUAAUGACAACGUCACGGCUCAUGUCUCUUGAUUGUCACAUCCAUGAUCGUCAGCCGGGAAUAUCUCUGAUGUCCGGUAGAUCAAAGGAUUUGCAUGGAAAUGAACUGUUGGGUGGAACGUGUGUUCGUGUAGUCUCUGCAGAUAGUCCGUUACACCAACUGGAAACGGGAGAUUGUCUGGUGGAGAUGAAUGGGAUAAAUGUACUGAACGAAUCAACAGAACGUGUCGCAUCGAUGCUCGAGAAUAUGUCAUCAUCCGAGCUUCUACUUGUUGUUGCGAGGGCUGGAGGGUCUAGCCACUAUGACACUGCACUGAUCGAAAGCUUACGAUCAAGAAGUAGUGAAAUGGAGCAUGCAUUACAAAGCAAAUCGCAAGAGUUGGCUAAUGCUAAGAAGCAUGUGCAGCACAGUAUGUCUGCAAUCAGUGACCUUAAAUUAGAGAGGGAAGCGAAUAGCAGACUGAUUGAACAGUUGAGGAAUGCGAUAGCACAUAUAGAGGAUGACAAGCAGAGCUUAAAGAUACAACAGACCUCUCUUCAUCAAGAAGUAACCGAGGCUCAUUCCAGAGCCGAACAAGCCUACUCAGCUCUGCGUGACAUGAGCCAGAACAUGGAACAGUUACAACAACAGCAGAUCAAGAGAGUCGGUGAAGCCGAAGAACAACGUCGUACAGAAGAAGUAGCACACAAGAAAUAUGUCAAUCAAAUUCAUGCCUUGGAGUCCAAGCUGCAGUCUGUCCAGUCUUCUGUGCACAAAGCGGAUCCUCACUUACGGGAAAAAUGUCGCAAACUUGAAGCUCAGGUAGUUCAACUGGAAGGUCAUUGUCGUCAACUAGAUGAAGAAGUUCGCGUACUGAAAGCAUCCAGAGCUCUUCUCCUUCAUCGUUUGAGAAAUCAGGAGGAAAGGGCCGAACUAGAGUACAAAGACAGAGAUCGAGGAUUUCAUGAGAAGCAUAUAGGUGCACAGGUGCAUGGCGUCGACUCGCGCAUACGGAGGCUAUUGGCUGAAGCUCAGCAAGACAUCAAGAACAAGGAGGAUCUCAUCGAGGGAUUGAAUGCAGCUCUGGUCGAGUUGCGACGCUCAAGAGCAAGCGAAGUGAUGAGACUGGAAGCCGAGCUGGUGAGGUUGAGGAGACAGGCCGCUUCGAGGGAAGCGAACCUGGAUGGUUUAGAUUCAGGAAAUGGUCAAGAGUUGAUAUCAACUAUCCAUAAACAAGAAAAAGUUAUUGAGAAAUUGACUGCACAGCUGACGGAGACACAGCAGCAGCAACAGGCAGCUGACAAGCGAGCCGAUCAGUUGUCAACUGCUUUGAAGCAGAACAUGAAAGAGAAAGAUCGUCGAGCAUCACUGGGGGACCGAGAGAUGGAGAUGAAAGAAUCCGAAUUGGCAAGAAUUCGCUUGGAGAGUCAGUUGACAAAUCUACUGGCUCUUGUUCAAGAGAGAGCGCCCGAGCUACUUAACACACUCUCAUCUACUGACUAGGUGUAGGUAAUUUUGAUAUCAACUAAAGAUGAGAAAGAAAGACGAUGCGAAACAUGCAGUUAGAGUAGUAUAUUUAGUUCUGAUACUGUAGGCUUAGUUAUAGAAUGUAAUAUUACAGAACUUGUAGGACAGCUUGUUGUUUUAAUUAAGUUAAACUCAUCUCAGUAUAGGCGUGUUGCUGUUAAUUAAGAUACUUAUACUAUAACGCGCGCAGUCUGA